UCCCAAACACUCGGUAUACACUUGCUCGUUCCUGCAUGACUGUGUAUUCUCUCUCACGCACACACAAACACACGCAACAAUGCGAGAGAGAAGUUCCACUACUUCGUCCACCAUUCCAAUCGAAUCAAUCAACUCAAUCACGACCGUGGAUUUCGCCGACCACCUACCUCUCCAACUCAUCAAAUCGGAGACAAUCCCUCCGGCGCCGACUCUGUCGGAUUCCGCAGUUGAUUGGUUGCCGGAGUUCGCCGGUUAUUCAUGGAUCGCAUACGGAGCCUCCUCUCUCCUCGUGAUCUCUCACUUUCCCUCUCCUCUUUCCGGAGAACAAAACUUGAUCGGACCUAUUUUCCGGCAAGUCUUCGAACUCUCCACCGACGGUUCCGCCGCCGUAUCGGCGGUUUCGUGGUCGCCGGUAUUGCCUUCGGACGGUGAACUCGCUGCUGCUGUUGGUAAUUGCGUCGGCUUGUUUUCGCACAAUUCUGGUUCUUCUGAUGGUUCUUUUUCUUGGAGCCAGACUGCAGUGCUUGUGCAACAUACGAAAGUGGAAACCAUCAAAUGGACGGGCUCUGGCGAUGGGAUUAUUGUAGGUGGUGUUGAAGUGGUCUUGUGGAGAAAGAAAACCAGGUCCUGGGAAAUAGCUUGGAAGUUUGAAACAGAACUGCUUCAAACUUUGGUUUCUACAACCUUCUCUAUUGAAGGACCAUUGGCAACGGCACCUUUGAAUACACUACAUGCUGAUGAAUCAUCAUCCCGGGUCAUUGAGGCAAGCAAAUGUGUGCUUGUGUGUUAUGGUGAUGGAAAGUCCAAUUACAUGAAAGUUGAGCUACGGCAUCCUAUGCCCGUUUCUAUGAUUCAAUGGAGGCCUCUAAUAGGAAAACAAUCGAAGCUCGAUGCUAGACAUUCACCGAGGCAUGUGUUGCUGACAUGCUGCCUAGAUGGAACAGUAAGGUUAUGGAGUGAGAUUAGUGAUGGGAGGGGCAGAAGAAUAGGUAAGGACAUUCAUGAUCAGAAAAUCACGAGAAGAUCUUUCCAUGUUGCUGCCACAAUUGAGAUAAACCAAACAUUGGAUGGUACUCUGGGCUCCAAUAUAUUUGUUAGUUGGGCAACAGAAAUUGAUGGUUUGGUAACUGCUGGUAAAGAAGCCAACCAAUAUUUUUCUUCUGGAGGUCAUCAUCAGCAUGACAAGAUUGGAAGGUGUGAGUGGUUAGUAGCAUUUGGGCCUCAUAUGUUGGUGACCUUCUGGGCCAUUCACUGUCUCGAUGACGUCCCAAUGAGGUCUCCACGAGUGACUUUAUGGAAGAGACAAGAAUUAAUGGGUGCGAACAUUGGAACUAAUGGUUUCCUACUCAAUAAAGUUGUUAUCUUGAGAAAUGAACUUUUUGGUCCACCAAACAUAUGCUCUUUAGUUCGGUUAUUGCCUUGUAAUUCCUUCAGCUGGUCACAAUUUUAUACUCCGAUAUCAACUAAUGUAGAGGAGGGACCUUUAUAUAAAUCUGAGAAAGAGAACUUUUUGUCAACUCAUGCUUGUGGAGUUCUAAAUAUAGAUGGUCAUACUGGAAAAGUUUUACAAGUUGCAGUGCAUCCGUAUGGAUCUGUCAUUGAACUUGCUGUUUCUUUGGAUACUGAUGGAUUGCUUUUAUUUUGGUCACUUUCAACCAAUUCUAAUUGUGUUAUGGGCCUGCCUACUUUGUAUCCGAUGUGGAAACUUUCUGGAAAAAUUGAAAUGCAGGAUUCUUAUCCCAAAUAUAUGAGCUUGACGUGGGCACCUUCAGUUUUAGAUGAGGAUACGCUUCUUCUUAUGGGACAUGAUUGGGGCGUUGAUUGUAUUGUGGUUAAGUUUUUCAGAAAUGAAGAAGAGAAGAUAUUAUGUCAUAACUUAUGCACUAUCCCUUUUACUGGCCACUGUCAUGGAAAUGGGCCCACCAAUAUCUACUCAAUUCCUUUGCCUUCAUCCUGUAAGAAAACCUUUAGCUUCAACAAUUUUUUGCUCUUAGCAAUAUGGAAGAAGGGCUUUCAGGCUUUGUCAUGGAAAAUCACCAUUCAUUCUUAUGAUUUGGAUAAUAACUUUUGUGGAUGCAAUUUUGAUACUGGAAAGGCAGUUAGAAAUAGUUCGUGGGCAUUUGAAAGCAAUUUUGCCGGAAAAAGAUAUUGUAUUGUUGUUGAUUCUUGUUCUUCGUCAUUGCCAAAACCACACAACAAGGAUGAGGUUACAAGUUUUGCCGUGGUUUGUCCUGGUAUUUCUUUUUUCUCUGAAGAAGAAAAUAGGACUUCUGUUGAUGAAUUGUGCUGCAAUUAUUCUGUAUAUCACAUGGCCACAGGCUGCACCAAUGGUAGUUUGAAGCUAUGGAGAAGUGUGUUGACUGAACAAUCAAACUCAAAUUUACAGUGGGAACUUGUGGGUAUGCUUGCCGCACAUCAAGGCCCCAUCACAUCAAUAUCUUUAACCGAUUGUGGCCGGAAGAUUGCAACUGUCUGCCCUACAGGUCCUUCAAAUACUUCUAGCGCUGUUCAUAUAUGGGAAUCUGUGCACCUUGCAGGCACAGGCAGUUUUUUACUUGAAGAUACAUUAUUUUUUGAUGGAGAAGUUGUUGCUUUAAAAUGGUUAACUAUGGGAAGUGGCCAGCUAUUACUUGGGAUUUGCUUACAAAAUGAAUUGCAGGUAUAUGGUGAAAGACAUAGUGAUUCUCAGCCUCUGAUGAAACAGGGAAAAUCUUUAGGAGGAAACAUUUGGUUUUGCAUUGCAUUUGCUCAUGCUUACCCUGCUAUCCGUGAGUUCCUUUGGGGCCCUAGAGCCACAGCUGUGGUUGUUUAUGAUCGGUAUUUUUCUCUCUUCAGUCAGUGGUUAUUCUUGGCUGAUAAGAAAUAUCAGACUAAGUUCAAUUCAGGAAGUAGCAAGGACAAUUUUUUUAAUUACAAGGGUGGAUCAGAUAAAGAUAUGGUUAGUGCAAUUUUCAUUGCUCAUGAUAUUUUAGAAUCCAAGGAAUCAGCAGCAAAAGACAAUUGCGAAGAACCACGGUCCACACUCCCUAUGAAGAUGAAUAUAAAAAAUGAUAUUCUGUCAAGCAUACUUGUAGCAAGCGCUCUGCAGAAAUAUAAUUCAGAUAUCAAGAUUGCUUUCUGUAGUAUGCAAGAAAUAGCAGAGAAGUUACAUGGAUCUCUACCUGUUUAUCAUCCCAAGGCACUCCUAUUGAAUAUUUAUUCAGGUCACUGGAAACGUGCAUGUGUAGCUCUACGACAUCUUGUUGAAUAUCUCAGUUCUAGUAAUGCUUCUCUGAGAGGAUAUUGCUCUGCACAGUGUAGCCAUGCCAUUCCACUUGUUCACUUGUCAAAUUAUGUUGAAGGAGUUAUGUCAACAAGUUUGAGUGGCAAAGCAUUCCAGUGUAGGGACAAUGCCUCGUUAAUCACCUCACAUUUGCAGCUUCCUAAAGACUUGAAUCAAUUUGCAUUUAGUUGGGGGUCUGAUACUUCCAGUAAAACAUUCACUUCAUCUUCAACAAAUUCUGAACUUAGUGGCUGCAUUGAAGCAGUUGAGAAGUUGCAUGAUAUUGCAGCUAUAAGCAACACAGAAAAGAUGCAAAUUCUUGCUGUUGUUGAUCUUCUCUGUGACGUUAGCGAUCCACACUCUGCUUCUGCUUAUAAAAGUCUUGAUGAACCUGGUCGAAGAUUUUGGGUGGCUGUAAGGUUUCAACAACUAUAUUUCUCCCGAAGAUUUGGUAGAUCUGCACCGGUGGGAGAGUUGGUUGUUGACUCAGGGCUGUUUGCUUGGGCUUUUCACUCUGAUUGUCAAGACAAUUUGUUCAGUUCACUUCUACCAAAUGAACCAUCUUGGCAAGAAAUGCAGAAUAUGGGAGUCGGAUUUUGGUAUAUAAAUGCAACGCAAUUGCGCUUAAAGAUGGAGAAGCUAGCUAGACAACAGUAUUUGAAAAGUAAGGAUCCUAAAGCCUGUGCACUUUUAUAUAUAGCAUUAAACAGGCUUCAAGUUUUGUCUAGUCUCUUUAAAAUUAGCAAAGAUGAGAAGGACAAGCCGUUGGUGGGAUUCCUUUCACGCAAUUUCCAGGAGGAUAAAAAUAAAGCAGCUGCUUUAAAGAAUGCUUAUGUUUUAAUGGGAAGACAUCAGCUGGAGCUGGCUGUUGCUUUCUUUUUGCUUGGAGGUGAUACCUCUUCUGCUGUUAAUGUCUGUGCAAAAAACCUUGGGGAUGAGCAGCUUGCUCUUGUAAUUUGUCGCCUUGUUGAGGGAUAUGGUGGGCCAUUAGAGCGUCAUCUUAUAUCAAAGUUUCUGCUUCCAUCUGCAAUUGAAAAAGGCGACUCCUGGCUGGCAAGCUUUCUAGAGUGGAUGUUGGGGAAUUAUGCACAAUCCUUUCUGAGCAUGCUUGGUAUUCAAAAGGAUUCUCCUAUCAAUAACUUGGCCCUGUUUUCCAAUCAUACUUCUUUUUUGGAUCCAAGCAUUGGUCAAUACUGCCUAAUGCUGGCAAACAAGAACAGAAUGAAGAAUGCUGUAGGAGAGCAUAAUGCAGCAGUCCUGGGAAGGUGGGCAGUUUUGAUGAGUUCUACUGCUCUUAACAGAUCUGGCAUGCCUAUUGAAGCUCUGGAGUGCCUUUCAUCUCCUUUGAACAUGCUUGGAGGUUCAGAUCAAGGAAGCAGAUCAGAUAUUGGAAAAAUUGAAGGCUUAAACAAACUGCUAAAGCCAUUCCCAUAUAAUUCCUCAAGUAACUGGAUAUCAGAUGAUGUGGCUUUUCAUAUGGAGACACAUGCUAAAUUAGAUUUAGCAAUGCGGUACAUUUCAAAAUUGUUAAGAGAGCAUCCAAGCUGGCCAGGUACCAACAUGGCACCUACAGAAGCAUGUAAAUCCUCCAAGUAUGAGACUCAACAGUUCAAGAUAUUACUUGAAAAUUUUCAACACAAAUUAAUGGCAGGGCUUGCAUAUUUUGAGCAGAAGUUCUGUUUGAUUCCUCUCCAUUUAAUUAACAUGAUUGUUACUUCCCUGUCAAAUAAUGGAUUACUCUUUAUCGGAUACCAUAUAUUGCAUGGCUAUGCUUCUCAAUAUUCCUCACAAGAUAAGAGGGCUGAAUAUGACAGUUUUCUCUUAUAUCCUAUCAAGCCCAAGCUACUUGUGAAGGCUACUGAAGAAAUGUCCUGUUUGUUUUCGAGAUAUAUUGUUGCCUGUUCUAUAACUUGCUCUCUGCCAAAAUCACGUUCCACCAAUAGUAAUGUUGCUGGUGAAAAUGGAUUCGACUGGUCGGCUGCUUGGCAAUUUUACAUGCAAGGUCUCCUAUGGUCAUUGUGGAGGUUGAGAGCCACAUUGAAGUUGUUCCCUGAUUCUUGUGUUGAAGACUUCAUCAGGAUACCUUCUACCAUUCUUGAUUUAUCUGAAUAUUGUGUAUAUUUUGCAUCAGCUUGGCUUCAAAGGAAUUAUAAAGGUCUUAUUCUGAUUAUGAAACCCCUUUUGCUCUCAUGUAUAAAUGGGCAUGCUUAUGAAAUCACCAUGGCAGAUUUGAAGAAGCUCCUUCAUGAGAAUGAAGAGUUGUUUUCUCACAAUACAUUGAUUGAUAAUACGAGAAGUGCUGUUCAGUUCACAGAAGCAGCACAACCUGAUCAAGACGAGGUCAUAAUAUCUUCACUACCAGAAGAUGUAAGAUGGCAAAUCAUUGGGGCUGCUUCGUGGGGACACAUGUCCGCUUAUCUAAAACAUCAGAUGAAUUCACUAUCUCAGAAUCUUGAAGACAGUUAUUCUUUUGGUCCCUUUUAUAGACUUUCCUCCAUGUCUAAUCCUGACAUUUCUGAAUCUGAUGGAAAUAAUAUGCAUAAACAAAUGAGGCUGGUCUCUGUGGUUUUGGCUAAGUUACUGAAGACUACGUCUGCGCAAAUUUCUUCUUCUUGUACAAAGAAAUUUGCAUCAUUUGUGCUGCAAAAAAUGGAGGAUGGAUCCAAUGAACCUAUUCUUAUGUGGUUAGAAGGGUUUAGUGAGUCACAUCAAAAAACCCUUGAUAAGCAUCUUAGUCAAGAUGUUGACAGUCGGGAUGUGAUGAACACUGAAAAUGAUUUAUCAGCAUUUGAUAUGUUAUGGGAUUUUUUUGCUGAUCCUAAAGUUAUACUUGAUGGACUUGCACAAGAAAACUUUGAGUGGAAACAGUAUAUUAAGCCAAAGUCCUCUAAAGAAUGGAGUGACAUAUUUGUGGCAACCACUGGUGAGAAUAAAGCUGAGGAAAGUUGUGACCAAGAAAGUAGGGUUGGCAGUAUUUUUGCUGGCAGUGGAACUGGAUCACCUGUACGGGGCCCAUCUCUAGACGGUCAUUCUUUUCUAAGUUUUGGACAAUCAAAUACAAUGCUUUCUGAGAAGGUUUUGCCUUUCCAGAACACUAAAGAAGUUUAUAAGAGAAAUGGAGAACUUUUAGAGGCAUUGUGUAUCAACUCCAUUGAUCAAAAGCAAGCUGCUCUUGCUAGUAACAGAAAGGGGAUAAUAUUCUUUAAUUGGGAAGAUGAGCUGCCUAUCAGAGAUCAUUCUAAUUACAUCUGGGCGGAGGCUGAUUGGCCACAAAAUGGGUGGGCAGGAUCUGAAUCUACUCCGGUCCCUACAUGUGUGUCUCCUGGCGUUGGUCUUGGGAGCAAGAAGGGGACACACCUUGGGUUGGGUGGAGCAACCAUUGGUGUAGGUUCUUUGGCAAGACCAGGGAAAGACUUAACAGGUGGUGGAGCAUUUGGAAUUCCAGGUUAUGCUGGUAUGGGUGCAUCUGGCCUAGGUUGGGGGAUUCAAGAUGAUUUUGAGGAGUUCAUUGAUCCACCUGCCACUUUGGAAAACAUUAAUACAAGGGCAUUCUCAAGUCACCCUUCUAGGCCUUUCUUCUUGGUUGGAUCUAGUAAUACACACAUAUACUUAUGGGAGUUCGGUAAGGACAAAGCUACUGCAACAUACGGAGUGCUUCCUGCUGCAAAUGUACCUCCGCCAUAUGCUCUUGCAUCAAUAUCAGCUGUGCAUUUUGAUAACUGUGGACACAGAUUUGCGACUGGUGCAUUAGAUGGAACUGUAUGCACAUGGCAGCUUGAGGUGGGAGGAAGGAGCAACAUCCGUCCAACAGAAUCAUCUCUAUGCUUUAACAACCAUGCAUCGGAUGUCACUUAUGUUACUGCCAGUGGAUCAAUAAUUGCUGCUGCUGGGUAUAGUUCCAAUGGUGUCAAUGUGGUUAUAUGGGAUACACUUGCUCCACCCACAACCUCUCGAGCUUCUAUAAUGUGCCAUGAAGGUGGUGCCCGCUCCCUUUCUGUGUUCGAUAAUGACAUUGGAAGUGGUUCUGUUUCUCCCUUCAUUGUGACCGGAGGAAAAGGUGGUGAUGUUGGACUUCAUGAUUUCCGUUACAUAGCUACUGGAAGGACGAAGAGGCACAGACAUUUUGCUAAUAGUGAACCAGACAGCAACACAUCUUUGACUGCUGAUGCGCAGAACCGGACCGGGGACCAGAAUCGAGACGGGAUGCUUUGGUAUAUACCAAAGGCUCACUUAGGGACUGUUACCAAAAUAUCGACCAUCCCAAACUCUAGUUUAUUCUUGACCGGAAGCAAAGAUGGAGACGUUAAACUUUGGGAUGCAAAAACAGCCAAGUUAGUAUGUCAUUGGUCGAAAUUGCAUGAAAGACAUACCUUUCUCCAACCAAGCUCACGGGGCUUUGGUGGAGUUGUUCGGGCUGCCGUUACAGAUGUUCAAGUGAUUUCUCAUGGUUUUUUGACUUGUGGCGGAGAUGGCUGUGUAAAGUUGAUUCAGUUUAAAGGUCAAACAUAGGAAUUUUAGCGAAUGAAAUCAAAUUUUGCUUGGGGUCUGAAAAUUCUCGACUAAACCUACAGAAGUUAUUUCUUCUCGGAAAUCACCCAACAGUGAAAGGUUGAUUUUGCUGUCCAUUCUGCCCGAUCUGUGGCUUUGUCACCGACAUCUUACUCUUUUGUGCUUCAAGUAGCCAUGCCAUUCUCUGCUUGGGCGUUGAAAUGAACCUAAGCUAUGGGAAAUAUUCCAUCAAAAAGGAUGAUUGAUUUAGCACGGUCACUCCAUGAGAGCGAGAGGUAAAGCAGCCACUAAUUGACAAGUUUUCUUGUUCUUCACGCUUUCUUUUCUCAGAACUCUAACGUCUUUGUGCCGAGUUUGCCCAAAAAAGAAAAAGAAAAAGAAAAAAGAGAAAUGUAUUUGUGGAUUGGUGAGUGAUUGAAUGGAGUUGAUUGUUGUAUUUAGGUGAGCUAACGAGCCCGGGGAAUGUGUAGUGAGACCCAAGCAGUUGGGAUACGAGAUCUUGUUAAUUUUUUGAGUUUAAUGUACAUAUUGGAAACAUUUCAUAAAUCAAAUGCAAAAAUAAGAUUGGUUGCAUUUAUUUAUUUA